AGGACGUUGUGUAGUCGUUAGAGUAGGCCUCUUUGGCGUGGCGGAGAUGUUGGCCGGGAUACUUUGGCCAUCGCUGUCGCUCCUGCCAGACGAGCAAGAUUGGGCGCCAUGAUGGAAAGAGACGUUUGAAACCAUGUCGGUUGUUGAGGAUGGUGGUGAUGAUGAUAGCAGCUAUUUUUAGAAGGCUGAAAAUGCAGCAGUGCUCAUCAAUGUGAUUCUUUUGUCAUCUGCUUUUUCCCAUUCCAAUGACUGGGGUGGAUCAAAACAUAUUAGGUGAGGGCAACGUUCUAAAAAGAGGAGAUGAAUGCCAAGUAACAAGUGAAAUGUUGCGCUCGCUCGUACUUCAUUUCUUUUGAUAUCUAUUCCCUUCAUUUGCUGAUUUAUUCCUUUUUGUUAGUCACGCGAGCCAUUCUUCAACUAUACGCUGAAAUACGUUCAUCCUCAGUCAGGCACGAGGAUAAAAUAGUUCUUUGAAAAUGACAUCACAGUCAUGCAUCGAUGACGGCUCGGCUCAGCUCAGCUAUUUUGGAGGUGUGGCGAUGUGACGCUUACAAGCUGAGCCCAAGGCACUCUGCUGUCAUUUUCAAGCGACGCAAAAUGGCAACCGCCGACCGAGACGGGAGGAAAAAGUGCCAGCUAUUAUCAGCCACAAAUGUAAUAUGAAUCCGAUGGCUCUCACGAACAAAUUCUUGUCAACAAAAAAACGUGUCUUGACAAGAGGGUACCAUUAGUCGUAUGUUUGAUUUUUUUUCCAACCGAACCUUAUUGAAAUGGUAACUUUGACAAGAAAAAAAGCAUCGAAAACGCGACACAAAGAGCAGCCAGAGUGAUUUGAAAUAAAUGUUUGAAAUCAAGACGAGCGUGGAGGCGCGCGCGCGCACGCACACAGACAAAAGCUCACGCACACGCGUAUUUUCGAGACUUAGUGGAAGGAAGGGCGGGGUUUGUUUUGAACUCGAACGCUCAGCAGCAGUCACUGGGGAAGAUGGCGGCCGCGGUGACUGGCCGACGCUCCGGAAAGGCUGCGGCGGCGGCGGCGGCGCACACGGCGGCGCACACGGCGGCGGAUCCGGCGGCGGAUCCGGCGGCGGCCCGGGGAUCUCCUGUACUCGGAACCGUGUCGGCAAUCCACCGCAGCAGCGAGCCCAGUCGCCGCUCCUGCUCGGCCCGAUGGCGCCGGAGCACAGAGGCCGAGCGGAAAGGCGGCGGGGCGGCGGACGCCCGCGCCCGGCCAUCAGACGUGUUUGUUUGUCCGAGCGCCGUGCACAAGUCAACAGAGGGCUCGUCUUCAGGUCCCAACCUGACGCGCAAGCUGUCCUUGUGCGAGGAGCGGGAAGACGUGAGGAGGCGCGGCCUCCGCAAGGAUGAAAGCGGCUCGCCCCAACGCGGCCAAGAUUCUGGACUGCUCUUGUCCACGUUGCAGGGCGUCCUGUCUGACUCGGAGAACGAGGAGCCCGUGUCCAGGCGCAUCAGGAGGUUCUCGGCCUUUGUGAGAAGGAGCCGGACUUUGUCGGGCGUCGCCAGGUGCUCGCUCUCCGGCGCCCCCCUGGCCGGCCGGCCAGUUGGCUGGCCCAUGCUCGCCUGCCUCGACCUCAUACCUCUGUCCGUCUUCUUCAGUGGCGUGCAGAGGAGUCGCAGCUGCACGGAAGCCGGCGACAACGCGCGGGGGAAAACCAAGGGGGACGCCGACACGGUUCGGCUCUCUCGCCCCCAAGUGCCAUCGGAGUCCGCUCAAGACCUGGCUUCCUGCCGCGAAUGUCAGGCGGGGGCGGCUCACAGCUUCACAGCCGGAAUCCUCCUGUCGUCAGAGAACAGUCGGUCGGCCUCGGCGCCCGUCGGCGGCCCCGACCGGCGGCUGGCCCGGCGCGGCGGCGUGGCCGCACCGGCGCCGGCCGCGCCACCUGAGCGCUCGGUCAGCCCCGAGAGCAACGACAGCAUCUCGGAAGAGCUCAACCAUUUUAAGCCCAUCGUGUGCUCGCCCUGCACGCCGCCCAAACGGCUGGCGGACGGGCGCCGGCUGGAGCCCGCCGUGGUCAAGUCCACGCCCCGGAACCUGACGUGGCGCCUGCACAAGCCCACCAGCUACGAGGCCAGCCCCGCUGUGCUGCAGCGCUGGCGGCAGAUCGAGCUGGACCGCCAGAGCUUUAAGGUGAACUCCAAGGGCACGCUGACCAGCCCCGUCACGGACAUGCUGGAGGGCGGUGGCGUGCCGCCACCUUCCAACAACAAGCGGAAGCUGCUCUUUGAUCCUCCCGGCCCGGAUGGCUGCUCCCUCAAGAUCCGCGUGCCCGCCGUCCGCUACUGUGGCAACUUUCCCUCGCGCGGCAGCGAUGCUGAACUGGAGUCGGGGGCCGGCGUCAGCGCCUUGUUUGGACGCAGACAUUCCUUCUCCCCGUACGCCCACGGCUCAAGCUUCCAGUCGUGCAAGCUGGCGGCAAAGGGCUCGUUGAGCCCCCGCAAGGAAACGGCUGCCUCCAAGCGAAGCAGGACGACCAAACACCAGGCCGCCGCCGCCGCCGCCGCCGCCCCCCGAGUCUGCCAGGAGAGGAAGGACCGGGCUUUCGCCCUCAAGCUGCAAAGACAGUUUGAGAGGGAGCGCGCCCCCACGGGGGACAAGUAUUUCUUACGCUCCUGGAUGGCCAAUCACAGCUGCAGGAGGCUCGGCCUGCGACGCUCGCGCCGUAUCAACCAGCAGCGUUAGCUGACACCGUGAUGUACUUUGAGGGCGCCGCUGUCGCGGCAAAACCCCCCCCAGUUUUUGUCAAUGAAGAAUGUACCGCGAUCAGGAUGGGGCCGAGUAGUAAUAGUGCAGUAUUGCAAACUUCCUCGACACCAAAUAUUUUAGUUGUGAUUCAUGGAAAUACAUUUAGUGGAACCCCAAAAUUUAAACUUCGCGUAAACUCAUUUACUAAGGUGAAGUGAGCCAAUGAUUUCAUUCAUUCAUUCAUUCAUCAUCUUAUCCUCACCAGGUUGCCCCCGAAGCGGUCGCCAGCCAAUGACGGGGAACAUGUCGACAAAUGGCCAUACACGCCCAUACUCUCGCCUAUGCUCAUCCGAUGACUGCGCUCACGCCAAAGCGCAAUUUAUAAAUAAGGUUUACUUCACCUGAAGAAAUAUCCUUGCAUGAAGUGAAUAGUUUCAGGUUGCGCUGUAGUUGUUGUUGCUUUUUCUUUCAUGAAUCAAAGUUAAAAUGUUAGAUGUGGAACCCCCCACCCCCCCUCCCACACACGGUCAUUCAUUUGAUGUUUCUUUUUUUCCAGUCUGCAAAACUUCUCUAUCUCAUUUGCUGCACAUUGUGAAUUUGUUUUUUGUUCCAAUGAGAUCACAUCCUCAGCUGAAGGUCUCCUUUUCUCGACACAAGCCAGCUUUAAUGUACUUUCUAUGACGAAAUAAUGAUGAUUAUUAGUUA